UGCGCCCGGCCCGGCCCGUCCUGAACCGGCGCGGCCGCCGCGAUGAACAGCGUGGGCGAGGCGUGCACCGAGCUGAAGCGCGAGUACGACCAGUGCUUCAACCGCUGGUUCGCCGAGAAGUUCCUCAAGGGCGACAGCGCCGGCGACCCCUGCGGGCAGCUCUUCAAGCGCUACCAGCUCUGCGUGCAGAAAGCAAUCAAGGAAAAGGACAUACCCAUUGAGGGCCUGGAGUUCAUGGGCCCAAGUAAAGGAAAAAGUGAAAACUCCUCUUGAUGUUGGCUGUAUGGGUGGAGUCAUUAAUAGGAGCCUUUGGACUAAGCACCAUCACCAGGUGGACCAUAGCUGCCACCUGGAUAAGACCUUUGUUAACUUCUUUCUAGGAAGUGACAAACGUUCUCUGCUUUUGAAAACAGCUAAAAGAAAAAAAACGACUGGAUCACGUGGUAACUGCUGCCUCCUUUCCAGUGAAAGCGGUUCAGCAUCUAAUGGCUUAAAAAUCCAUGUGACCUAACUUCCUACUGAAUGUACUUGGUAAUGGGGGAAUGCUGGUUAGAGUGGGCUGAGAUGGUUUCUUUGUGACUGAUUUCUUUUGCUUAUUUGUAUAACACUUGAAAAUGUUUAAAAUAAUAUGAAGGGGUUAAUGUACUUUCUAUUAUCUCUGCUGCUGAAUUUUUGGUGAAGAAGUUAGUUUCAUGUCAUCCUGAACACUGAAGGGCUUAAGCACUGUUUUGUGUCAGCUACAGAGAUCAUUUAAAAGCACUAGUGGACCUGCAACAGCUUGGCUAAAAUAAAUAUAACCAGGUUAUAUUUUGUUUAAGUAGGUAACUGUGGAGUAGAGUCUGAUUGUGACCCCCUAGGAGGGAUGGAAGUGGCUCUUCAGCAGCUGAAGAGAAGACUUUUAAUGCAGAGGUUGCUUCAACCUUUUCUGAGGUACCAACACAUCCAUGAACUUGAAUCCUCUCUCCUUUAGCAUUACACGUUUCUGUGGUUUGAUCCUCACACAGGGAUGGGGCAGAGCUUGCCCCUCUCCUUACACCAACACAGGUGAAAGAGUAAAAUAUAUUAGGGCCUGAGGACAAAAUGUAACUUCAUAAUUCUAGAAUUACAGUGAGCAAAAAAGAAAGCUUCACUCUCUGCUUUUAAUUACUACUAAUUAUUUAAAGGUUUUACUUAAAAAAAAACUCUGCUGGCCUGUCCAUACCACAGCCCCUCACAGAGCCCAGACAGAGUCCUGUGGCCUGGUGCAGAGGAUCAGGAACUGCCUGCAGCCUGAGGCUGUUGUUCCUGUGCCAGUCACAUACCCAGGUGAGCCACACUCUUGUUCUGAGGUGCAGAGAGCCCCAGAGUGCCAGCACAGGGGUUAAAUAUAACACUGAAAAAACAGGCUGUUGGCAGAGUGCUGUGUCACUCAGGUAUAAAUAAAAACGGGUCUAAGGGAAGGAUGUAUGAACAGCAUUUUGGAGACAGUCAAUGAUGUAGCUUUUUUUUAAGGAGUAACACACAAAACCAGUUUGCUUUUCUAUGAUCUUCAUGUAGGGCUAAAUGUGAUGUGACUGUCAGCUUUAAAACUGUUCCCAUCAGUGCCUUGUACUUUCAGCAUAGGAAAACUUGUCUCAGCAAUCUUUUGCUGGUAAGCAGACAAAAAAACAAUCACAUGGAAAUACAGGGAAGGCCAUCCUGCAGUACCCACUUUGAGAUUCUCUCUUGUUAUCCAUCACUCCUUUCAACAGGAAGAUGCCAAAGCAGCUGCUGCAUUCUACCUUUUAGGAAGAACCACAUUGAUGAUAGCUGAGAUAGAGCUAAGCUUGUGCAAAAAAUAUAGAAGUUGUAGUAAGAACUGGAAAAUGGUUGACUUGUAGUGAGCAAAACUUGAAAAUGAAGGUUGUAUGGCACAGGCUCAGGCUCUUGGCUCACUAAUCCCUUCUACUUCAAGCAGCUUCUACAUGACACAGUACAUGUUAUACAAGCAUAAGCACUAGAGCCAAAAUUGUGUUUUCUUUGGCAAAACCUGUGUGAGAGACUUUAUACAGAUUGCAGCUUUAUGGAAAGCAGAGUGGUGAGCAAGAUAUGUGCUGAUGUACCUGAAGAUUUGAUAGCUGAAGGUGAACAGUGUGAAGGUGAACAGUGUGAACAUCAUCUUUACUGCCACUCCCAAGAGAAAACCACCUUCAUGACUGUUAAUAAAUAUUGCAAAAGCUGAUA